AUGAACGCCAGCACAUAUUUACAGCGACAGCUACGGAAUACGAGUUCGCGGCUGGUGAUAGAUGAGGGUGAACCGUUUCAUCUAGUAAUGAAUAAUGAUGAUGAAUUGGCAUUGCGAUAUGGGCAGAGGUCUAUGAGAUGGCGAAAUUUACCAACAGGCCCACAGCGACGAACGCGUUACGAGCCCCGUUCUCAUAGAGGGACAUCGUCGUCGGCCUGGACAAGCAUGGAUGGGCAUCGUCGUCGCUCCGGACCCAAUUUUUAUGACGAUAUGUUUGUACUUGCCGGUUUGGAGUCAAGGAGUGAAGAAGGGCCGGCUCAUUAUCUCUGA